UGCGUGCGGGCGCCCCUGAGACCCGAGCCCCCAUGGCGGAGAAACCUCUCAGCACCGCUGCGGCCGAGCGCAUGAACCUCGUGGCCCAGGAUGAGAUCUGGAAAUACCGCCUAAAGGCUGAAACUGAAGCACGGCAAAACUGGGCCCAGAACUGGGGAUUUUUAACAACCCCUCUCGAGGAGUUGCUCAAGGGUGAAGAAAAACCCCCCACCCCAAAGCCCAAAAUCGAGCUUCCCGAGCGGUUCCACAUCCGGCCCGUGACCCCAGUGGAGAAAUACAUCAAGAUCCUUCCAUCGCCCCCAAUCCCGAAGACGACCCAGGGCUUCAUCGGAUGGAGAUCCGGGGUGCCCGGCCUGAACAAGUGUCUGGAGCACGAUUAUGAGAUCAGAAGCUGCAAGGGGGCAUAUGCCAACGAGCUAGGCUGGCCGAAGCAAGGCAUCCACUGAGUCCAGAUAGACUGCAGGCCCUGGGCAAGAGCGGGUCGACCCAACCACCGGGCACCCAGUGUCCACGCCCAGGAAGGGGGGCGCUCCCCCAGCAGAUGGGGUUCCCCUCCACGUUUGCUCAGCAGAUGUUGCAAAGAACAUGAAAUAGCCCUUUGACUUUUUUAGUUCAUCUACCCUCCCUUCCAGAACAUUCUCAUCACACACUCAUUCUUGAUUAAUGUAAUAAA